GCUUGCUCGUGCCCGCGUCCAGGUUCGCUUUGCAUCUCGUCAAAACAAAGCGGGGGCGAGCCAGAGGGCGAGGGAGCCGCGGUGCAUGCUUCAUGAAUGAGUCCCCCCCCCCCUUCUUCCAACGCACCGCAGGUCGGACCUUUCCAUCCGCCAGCAACCGUGUGUGAUGCCCGCGUUGGUGCGCAGACCGACUGGAGAACAGUAGAGGAGCCAAGCCGCUGAUGAGCCCGGACAGUAAACACUUCCCCUCAGUACUACAUGAUCGUUUCAUCCCAACAGGAACAACACGACAGGAUAAGGUACGAUGCUUGAUGGACUCCGGCGGAGGCACGCCUCCCGGCCCUCCUCCAGACCCUCCUCCCGACCCCUGUCGCUCAACUUCAGCACCUUCUCAGCACCUCCCCCGAGCCCGGACAUGGACAGCAGCAGUGAGCAUCCAAUCAGGAGGACUCUGCACCGGCUGAAGUUGAUGAGCUCUCCCAGCCUCAGCGAGCUGGGGAAGAGUGAGAAAAGUUCACCAGAGGACAGGGGGGAAAAGCAGAAGAGGGCAGGAGCCAAUGCCACCUGGAACAGCAUCCACAACGCUGUCAUAGCAGUCUUCCAGAAGAAAGGUUUGGCGGAUAACGAACUCUACGUCCUCAAUGAAGGUGUCCGGCAUCUCUUGAAGACUGAGCUCGGGUCCUUCUUCACCGAAUACCUUCAGAACCAGUUGUUAACGAAAGGAAUGGUCAUCCUUCGGGACAAAAUAAGGUUCUACGAAGGUCAGAAGUUACUCGACUCUCUGGCAGAGACCUGGGACUUCUUCUUCUGUGAUGUUCUCUCGAUGCUGCAGGCCAUCUUCCAUCCGGUUCAGGGUAAGGAGCCUUCUGUCCGACAGCUAGCUCUGCUUCACUUCAGGAACACCAUAGUCCUGAGUGUAAAGUUAGAGGACGCCCUGUCCCGACCUCGGGCUCGUGUGCCCCCCUCUGUUACACAGAUGCUGCUUAUUCUACAGGGGGUCCAUGAGUCACGUGGUGUGAAUGAGGACUACCUGAGGCUUGAGUCUCUGGUUCAGAAGGUAGUCUCGCCCUACCUGGGCACCCAUGGCCUUUACUCCGGAGAUGAUCCUGAGGCCAAUUGCUGUGUCCUGGAGAACUGUGUACCGUGGCCUAAGUCUGCGGAUCAACCCUCGAAAAACCCUGUGGUACGAUCAAAAAGCUACAAUAUCCCUCUCCUGCUGACCCCGGUGGCUGAGUAUGAUCCAGAUGCCAGCUCUGUUGGCAGUGGAGGAAUUCGGCGCCACUCGGCCUGUGAGAUUAUAUCUUGCCUUGAGGAACAAGGACUGGCUUAUGCUGACCUGGCCUCAGGACCUGAACUGUCUGGCCAGUCUUCCAACAGGCUCUGUGUGGGCUCUCAGUUCAAUGGUAUUGUACAAGCAGGAGCGAGCGCCCUGCCUCUUUCGUCUCCCUCCAUCCUCCCCCUUCAUUCCUCGGGAGCUCUGCACGGCACUGAGGCCACAACAACAAUGACUGAUCUCAGUAAAGGUGCAUCCUCCACGCCGCCCAGUGAAUCAUCCAGCCCUGAAACCAUAAUUGGACAAGUGCUCGAGUCUGCAGACUCAGACUCAGACGGGAUAUUUAUUGAUUUCCCACCUCACUCCUCAGAGUCUUUGGGGUACGGCUGCGAGAGUAGGCAAAGCACUGUGUAGCUGCGGUUACCUUUUAGGAACGCAGCUCCCUCCCUCCACCCCUCCACCAGUGUGUACGGUAAUAAUCUCUGAGACAGAUUAAACAAAUCUGCAUUUCAUUAAAUGGGUACCAUCUUCCUUUCUUACUGUAGUACGAUGAGUUUCCAUGAUGAGACAUUUCAAGUGCUUUCGCUGGUGAGUGACAACGUUGAACCUUUAAUUGUUACAAAAGGACUGUUUUGUUUUAUUGGGUUUUCAACUUGAGGACGCUAUAAUUGUGACUUUAUCCAAAGCUUUUUAUCCUACAAACAAGUCAGAUAAUGUUCUGAUAAGUCUGGUGAUUGUUCUUAUUGACCACAAAUCCCAUGAAGACCAGAGACUAAAAAUCAGCAAUGAUCUCAUUAACAAGUAGCUAAACCCUGAUACUGUAUAUCUAUAUCUGUCCCACAGACCAAAAACUACUAAAAAUACAUCAGUGAGCCUCACAGUGAACACCUUCCUGCUGCUGUAAAUACUCAUUAUGGCAAUGAAUGUAUAUUAAUCUGCAGCUAAAACAAAUGGUACCCACCAAAUACACUAUUUGCUUCUGUUUAAGUCAUUUUUGCUAAAGCUACAGUGCCUAGCUGUUAGUUGGACUAACACAUUGUUGGUUUUGUGUCUUUUCAUGAGAUUUGUUGACAAUCUUACAAAUAUACAGUGAAGUCAAUAUUAUCCUUUAACCCACAGAGGAGUAAUCCUUCAGUUAAAAUCAGGAGUGAUAAGGUUUUCACACAGCAGAGAUGGCUGUCAGUAACCAUGUACAUGGGAACAAGACAGAAACUUUACAUAUUUAUCAUGGGUUUGUUUUGUAUAUGUGUAUUUUGACCCUUACAGCAGUUUUAUAUUUUCUGUUUACGCUCUUUUUUCUUUGUCUGCCUCUCGGCAGUAACACAGUAAUGAGGUCUUCUGCUCUCACUUUUUGUACGACAUCUUCUGAAAAUGUGGACUGUUGAAUUGUUUUUAUUUCCAGCAGCGGCCAUAGACGUCUAAUGCAAAAUUCUCUCCAAACAUCAUCAGUGUGACAGCAUUUGCUUUUCUGUAUUGGCUCUGUACAGCAGGAGUUUUCUAGUAAUAUGACGAUGUUUAUUGUUUACAUUACAAGACAUGAACAUUUUGGCUGAAUGUCGUCCCACACACUGUAUUUUGCACCACCACUACCUUGUAAAUAAAACUGCAUUGUUGGAUUUUAGGACAGCUAGAUAGUGUAAAGUGAGCUUUUACCUUUAAAUGAAUUGAGAUUUUAAUAAGGGCUUUUUAACUGAAUCUUUUUCAAAUGAUGUUUUACCUCAAGCGUUUUGUACUUUACUUUUUUUGACAAUCUAUGAUGUCUAUGGAGUUGUACUUUGUAUUAAUUUGUUAUACUAGCCCAGUAAAAAUUAAAUAAAUUUGAAUAGUAUUUAAAAAAA